UUGUCGUAAUCUAACAGUCUGGCUGGUCCUGUCGAAGUUCUCCUCGGUGAAAUGACUUGAACAGAGUUGCGAUAUGGCUGCAGGAAUCCACCUGUCUCUCCGCAUAUUUACUACCCAUUGCUUUAGAAGUUGACCAUUGCAGUGUGGAAAUCUAAAGGAGAAUAAGGGGUAAUUUACAACUACUUAGAUGAAAAGAUGCUUACAGAUUUAAAGUAUCUGUUUUUAAACUAUUUUUAUUAUUUAUAAGCUUUUACCUACCUGUGAAAUGUAAGUCCCUUCUCGCGAUUUUCACGAGUAUCACGAUUUGUGCAAUUAAUAGCCGCACAAGACGGCAUCUCGAACUCGAACUUAGUUCUGAGGCUUUCUUGUUUUGGGUGAAACAACAUGGCGACUUCUAUACUUCCGGUGGCUUCAAGCUUCCAAUGCGCAGCAAGCUAUCGGGACCAUUCCAGUUAUAGAGUUCAGUGGUCCUAACUGGGAUUGGCGUUGUUGUAGACCGUAAAGCGCACGCGCACGAGGGAGCGCGCCACUGCCUCGCCGCGGCGGGAACACGGAUGGAUACAAAACUUCAAAAGGUUCGUUGUUAGCUAAAGCUCAUUGGCAAAGUGCAACAGACGUGUACGGUGACGUCGUCAAAGCCCUGUUGGGACAUCACGUGCGAGACGACAACGACGAUGAGACGCGACCACACUUCCUGUUUACUCUCUGCGACGUAAUAACGUGCUAGCGUCAGCCCAUUUCCUGUAUUAAUUCCUAACAAAAAAAUACUUAAGCGAGGGACAGACUAACGAGCUUGUUCGGGAGCUCCCGCCUCCCCUCCAUUGUUACCACGGUAACAAGGCUGUUACCUGGUGGACCUGGUGGAUGUAAAGGCUAAAUGAUGAAGUUCCCCGCUCAGGUCUUCCCCUGUAGAGACGGCCAAACAUGUCCAAGAGGUUGAUCCAAAACCUCACCAAGGCCAUCUAUAAACAUGUGGACCACUUCAAUCAAACAGAGGUCGAGUGCCUCAUUCGGGAGUUUUACAAUUUGCUUGGACAGCCGACAAGCUCUGGGAAAAGUGACAAUAACUUGGACGAAAGAAAAUUCAAGGCCAUUCUGAAGAACGACUUUGGACUCACCAACGACACCCUCAUGGAAAGAGUGUUCAGGAUGUUUGACAAAGACAAUGACGGCUUUGUCAGCGUCAAAGAGUGGGUGGAGGGCCUGUGCGUGUUCCUUCGCGGCUCCUUGGAUGAGAAAAUCAAAUACUGCUUUCAGGUGUACGACCUGAGCGGCGACGAGUACAUCUCCAGGGAGGAGAUGCUGCUGAUGACAAGGAACUGCCUGCGACUGCACGGAGAGGAGGACCCGUUCGAUGGGAUCAAAGACCUGGUGGAGAUCACACUCAAGAGGAUGGACCACGACAAUGACGACAGGCUGUCCUUUGACGACUACGAAAAGUCAGUAAAAGAGUUGAACAUCGUGCUCGAGGCUUUCGGGACCUGCCUCCCUAGCGCCACGAGGAUUGAAGCGUUUGAACAGCGUGUAUUUCAGGAUAAAUCUGACCGCAGAUGACUUUCACCCCUCAACCAUUUUUUUAAUGCAUAUCACCAACGGCUGUUUGUAUUCCAGUGCAAAAUGUGUAAAUAAAAUUAUUUUCCAAC